AUGGCGCAGCACGGAGUUCAGCUCAACAGAGAAAACUUUUCUUGUUCGAUCUGUCUGGAUCCACUGAAGGAUCCGGUGACUAUUCCCUGUGGACACAGCUACUGCAUGAGCUGUAUUAACAACUUCUGGGAUGGAAAGGAUGAGAAGGAAAUCUACAGCUGUCCUCAGUGCAGACAGACCUUCACACCGAGGCCUGUCCUGAUGAAAAGUACUAUGUUAGCAGCUUUAGUGGAGCAGCUGAAGAAGACUGCACUCCAAGCUGCUGCUGCUGAUCUCUACUAUGCUGGACCUGAAGAUGUGGUCUGUGAUGUCUGCACUGGGAGGAAACUGAAAGCAUUCAAGUCCUGUUUGCAGUGUCUGGCCUCUUACUGUGAGAAUCACCUCCAGCAUCAUUAUGAUGUUGCUCCAUUAAAAAAACACAAGCUGGUCGACCCCUCCAAGAAGCUCCAGGAGAACAUCUGCUCUCGUCAUGAUGAGGUGAUGAAGAUGUUCUGCCGUACUGAUCAGCAGAUUAUCUGUUAUCUCUGCCCUGUGGAUGAACAUAAAGGCCACGACACAGUCUCAGCUGCCGUAGAAAGGACUGAGAGGCAGAGAGAGCUCGAGGUGAGUCGACUAAACAUCCAGCAGAGAAUCCAGGACAGAGAGAAAGAUGUGAAGCUGCUUCAACAGGAGGUGGAGGCCGUCAGUCGCUCUGCUGAUAAAGCAGUAAAGGACAGUGAGAAGAUCUUCACUGAGCUGAUCCGUCUCCUCCAGAAAAGAAGCUCUGAUGUGAAGCAGCAGAUCAGAUCCCAGCAGGAAACUGAAGUGAGUGGAGUCAAAGAGCUUCAGGAGAAGCUGCAGCAGGAGAUCACUGAGCUGAAGAGGAAAGACGCUGAACUGAAGCAGCUCUCACACACAGAGGAUCACAACCAGUUUCUACACAACUACCCCUCAGUGUCACAACUCAGUGAACCUACAGAGUCAUCCAGCAUCAAUAUCCGUCCUCUGAGAUACUUUGAGGAUGUGACAGCAGCUGUGUCAGAGCUCAGAGAUAAACUACAGGACAUCCUGAAGGAGGAAUGGACAAACAUCUCACUGACAGUGACUGAAGUGGACGUUUUACUGUCAGAUUCAAAAGCAGAGCCCAAGACCAGAGCUGGAUUCUUACAAUAUUCACAUGAAAUCACUCUGGAUCCAAACACAGUAAACUCCUGGCUGGUACUAUCUGAGGGGAACAGAAAAGUAGAACGAAUGAGACAACAACAGUCUUAUUCUCAUCAUCCAGACAGAUUCACUGUUCAGCGUCAGGUCCUGAGUAGAGAGAGUCUGACUGGACGUGGUUACUGGGAGGUGGAGUGGAGAGGAGGAAGAGUUCGUAUAGCAGUCGCAUACAAGAAUAUUAACAGACAAGGAAGCUCAAAUGAAAGUCUACUUGGAUAUAAUGACAAAUCUUGGGCUUUAAGAUGUGACACUAACAGUUAUGAAUUCUGGUUCAACAACAUCUCAACUCCCCUCUCAGGUCCUCAUUCCUCCAGACUAGGAGUGUACCUGGAUCACAGUGCAGGUAUUCUGUCCUUCUACAGCGUCUCUGAAACCAUGACUCUCCUCCACAGAGUCCAGACCACAUUCACUCAUCCUCUCUAUGCUGGAUUUCGGCUUAUAGAUGAUGGAGCCACAAUAGAGUUCUGUAAAGUUACUCCACCUUUUCUGAUCGGAGCUCAAACUAGUUUCACUUCUCAGAAAGUGAAACUCAGACAGUCAUUGUUACUGAGAGCUGAAAUGGCGCAGCAAGGAGCUCAGCUGGACCGAGAAAACUUUUCUUGUUCAAUCUGUCUGGAUCUACUGAAGGAUCCGGUGACUAUUCCCUGUGGACACAGCUACUGCAUGAGCUGUAUUAACAACUUCUGGGAUAAAGAUGAUGAAAAGGAAAUCUACAGCUGUCCUCAGUGCAGACAGACAUUCACACCGAGGCCUGUCCUGGUGAAAAACACCAUGUUUGCAGCUUUAGUGGAGCAGCUGAAGAAGACUGGACUCCAAGCUGCUCCUGCUGAUCUCUGCUAUGCUGGACCUGAAGAUGUGGCCUGUGAUUUCUGCACUGGGAGGAAGCUGAAAGCCCUCAAGUCCUGUCUGGUAUGUCUGGCUUCUUACUGUGAGAAACAUCUCCAGCCUCAUUAUGAAUCACCUACAUUCAAAAAACACAAGUUGGUCGGCCCCUCGCAGAAGCUCCAGGAGAACAUCUGCUCUCGUCAUGAUGAGGUGAUGAAGAUGUUCUGCCGUACUGAUCAGCAAAUUAUCUGUUAUCUCUGCCCUGUGGAUGAACAUAAAGGCCACGACACAGUCUCAGCUGCAGUAGAAAGGACUGAGAGGCAGAGAGAGCUCGAGGUGAGUCGACUAAACAUCCAGCAGAGAAUCCAGGACAGAAUGAAAGAUGUGAAGCUGCUUCAACAGGAGGUGGAGGCCGUCAGUCUCUCUGCUGAUAAAGCAGUGGAGGACAGUGAGAAGAUCUUCACUGAGCUGAUCCAUCACCUCCAGAAAAGAAGCUCUGAUGCAAAGCAGCAGAUCAGAUCCCAGCAGGAAGCUGAAGUGAGUCGAGUCAAAGAGCUUCAGGAGAAGCUGCAGAAGGAGAUCACUGAGCUGAAGAGGAAAGACGCUGAACUGAAGCAGCUCUCACACACAGAGGAUCACAACCAGUUUCUACACAACUACCCCUCACUGUCACAACUCAGUGAACCUACAGACUCAUCCAGCAUCGAUAUCUGUCCUCUGAGAUACUUUGAGGAUGUGACAGCAGCUGUGUCAGAGCUCAGAGAUAAACUACAGGACAUCCUGAAGGAGGAAUGGACAAACAUCUCACUGACAGUCACUGAUGUGGACGUUUUACUGUCAGAAUCAAAAACAGAGCCCAAGACCAGAGCUGAGUUCUUAAAUUAUUCACAUGAAAUCACUCUGGAUCCAAACACAGCACACACACAUCUGUUAUUAUCUGAGGGGGACAGAAAUGUGAAACUAAUGAGUCAACAACAGUCUUAUUCUAGUCAUCCAGACAGAUUCACUGGAUGUUAUCAGGUCCUGAGUAGAGAGAGUCUGACUGGACGUUGUUACUGUGAGGUGGAGAGGAGAGGAGGAGGAGUUCGUGUAGCAGUCGCAUACAAGAAUAUCAGCAGAGCAGGAGGUACAAAUGAAUGUGGAUUUGGACUCAAUGACAAAUCUUGGGCUUUAAGAUGUGAUGAUAACAGUUAUGAAUUCUGGUUCAACAAUAUUAAAACUCCUGUCUCAGGUCCUUGUUCCACCAGAGUCGGAGUGUACCUGGAUCACAGAGCCGGUAUUCUGUCCUUCUACAGCGUCUCUGAAACCAUGACUUUCCUCCACAGAGUACAGACCACAUUCACUCAACCUCUCUAUGCUGGACUUCGGCUUGGUCAUUCUUAUGGAGACACAGCUGAGUUCUGUAAACUCAAAUAGACAGAAGCCAUUUCAAACUUCAUGUAUCAGAUUCCGUGUGGUAAUUUUUUUUUUUUGUCUGCAUGUUUCCGAACUGCACAUCAACACCUCUUUUCUUUUGUUCCGUUGAUGUAUUGAGUUUCUUUAAAUGUCAGUUUUUCCUGUGUUUUUUCCACGGAGGCUAUCACUGCUCAUAAAGUUUUUAAUCUUCACUGAGGUUUAUCCAGAUGAAAAUUUCUGUUCUAAAUUUGAAUUUCAUGUUUGUAUUGAUGUAUUUGGUGUUGUUUCUUGAUAUUACAAAUUAGCAGAUCUUCGUUCAUCGUAAAUAUUUUGUUCUAGUCAUUUAGUAGAUUCAUAAAGAACUGUAAAAUAAAACUAAUAAUCCUGAUAAUGGUUAAUAAGGAGAUUGUUUAUUAUGUUCUUGUACAUAGCUGACAUUCUGUGUUAAACUAAAUGAUUGUGUGGGUGAAGUGUAUCUGAACAUGAAAUCAUUGAACAAGAGCCAUUUAACAGACUGAUUGGAUGUUUGGAAGUUUAUCUCAAGAAUGAAUAAAAUAUUUUUUUCUGUGUUCAUUUCAGGAUCUCAUUCAAAGUUUGUAGAGUAAAUAUGAAACUCAUGAGAAUUUAUUUGAUCGUGUCUUCCUCCUGACAAACCACAAAGUACAUAGAUCAUGUUUGUUCUGUCUCUGAACUUUCAGGUUAAUCAUUAAAACAGCAUCGUCAUAGAGAAAUGAGAAAGGUUUUCUAUAAAAUGAUGCUGUUAAUGAAAAAGAUUUUAUUCGUACGCUCAGUCAAUGAAGAGGAUUUUUUUACUCAGGCCUAAAAAAAUUGAAGAAAUAAUAAGAAAUGAUUUGAUUAAUUUGACAUUUUGUUGAGUUCUCCUGACACACAUAAUACACUUUAUUUACUGAACAUCUCUUAAUCUCUCAAACCAAAAACUGUCUGCUGUGCUGAAGUUUAUGUUAUUUAUGCUUAAUUGAGAACAAAGAAAUGCAUCUAAAACGGUCAUGAUUCAACCCUAACAGCUGUGAUUGAUUUAUUGCAACUUCACAAGUAAAAUUACUCCACCUUUUCUAGUACAAGAGUAAUUCAUGAUCAUGUUAUCAUAAAAAGGUGAAAAAGCUGCAUUCAGUCUUAUCAGAAUCAUCAUCAGAAAAACUUGACAUUUUCAUUCUAGUUUUAAGAUAUUAACAUUUGUGUUGAUACCUGCUGUUUUUCUGCUAAUCUCCUUUAUAAUGUUAUUGUUUGUUAAGCAUCCACAUCAUAACAAAGUAAAGAGCAGGGAUGUGGCUUAAAGACAAACCUGAGUUUGGCUUCAUCAGUUGCCGACUUUCAGCCAGUUUGUGGCUCAGAGACACAAAUUUUUGUGUGGAACAGGAAACAGGAGAAGUUGUGAUGUUUAGUAUCCUCACAUUGGUCCAAUUCCUGAUGUUUCAUCAGGACUGACUGACAGAAAU